AUUAUGCCAAUGAGGACCCCUCAGCCGCGCCUCUGAUUGGCUGCCAGCAGCGGGACAUGCAAAUAAAGGGUGGGCGGGGUUUAUGCUAACGACCUCCCGCUCCGCGCGCGGAUUGGCGGAGCGCGGCGGGUAUGCUAAUGAGAGGAGGCCACGCCCCCUGACGCCGCGGGCCGCGCUUUUGUCCGGCGGGGCCGGGCCGGGGCUGGAUCGGGAUCGGGACCGGGGUCGGGAUCGGGACCGGGAUCGGGAUCGGGACCGGGUCCGGGAUCGGGAUCAGAACCGGAGCCGCCCAGCGCCGGCCGAGGAGGCGCCGGCCGGGCCCUCCCUACAGGACGCGGCGGCGAUGCUGUGACCUACAUUUGCGACAAGGAGGUCCCCAGCCCGCCGCCACCGCCGCCGGGCCAUGAAGCGACACAAGUGACGGGCCCGUGGCCAUGGCCAGCCCGGCACCAUGGCUGCGCUGGACACAAACAGAGCUGCCGCGCCCGCGGGCCGAGCAGGAGGAGGAGGAGGAGGAGGAGGAGGAGGAGGAAGACGACUUUGAAAAGCGGAUGGACGAGGAUGGGGUCAUCGGCCUGGGGGAGGGUGCCAGGAGCCCACCGUGGGGUGACAGUGAGGACCUGGAGGAGGGGUCCCCGGCAGAGGAGGGGCGCUGGCAGCCGCGGCAGGACCCGGCCGAGGAGGAUGAGGAGCGGGGCAGCUCCGGGGGGGACGAGGGGACCUGGGGGGCGGAGAGCGAUGGGGAGCCCUACCCCGAGCUGUCCCCGAGGCGCCGCUGGGGCUCGGGCUCCAGCGGCAGCCCCGAGGCGUUGAGGGACAGCCGGGCUCUCUGCCAGCCCCGGGGCUGCAGCACGGACGGGGGGGACACCUCGGGGCUGUCGGACACCAGCCCUGGCCCUGCCACCCCGUCCCGCCAGCCCCGGGGCUGGGGCACGGCCGGGGACACCCUCGGGGGGCACAGGCAGGAGUGGACCCCGAGACGGAGCCUCCCCCUGCACCUCUCCACCGCUGACCCCAGCCCCGAGCGUGUCCCCGAGCCCCAGAAAGCUGGCACAGGGAUGCCAGCCCCCGCCACCGCUGGCUUGGCACCCACCGGACACCCCCAGGGCGCCGGGAAUCCCUCGGCACUUCAAGGGCACGACAGAUCCCGAGUGCCCAAAAAAGCCGCGCCCGCGGUGGUGCCCCCCAAGCCCGCCCGGCAGUCGCGGUCCCUGAGCCCCCGGAGGCGAACGGGCGGCAAGGGAACGAGGGAUCCCCCGGGAACGGGCACCGAGGGCACCCAGUACGGCCGAGGGCGCCUCAACCACCCCCUGCCCGACCUCUCCAAGGUGGAGGCGCGGGUGAAGUUCGAUCAGAGCUAUCGCCCACCCCGGGGCCGGGUGCUGCCCGCCCGUCCCCGCGGCCCCGGCGGCCCCAUCGGCUUCAAAUCCCCGGCAGAAAUCGUCCGGGAGGUGCUGCUGAGCAGCGGGGAGGGGGUGUCCCCGCAGCCCCCCAGCACGGCCGGGCUGCCGCAGGAGUUCAGGUCGCCCAGACAAGCCACGGCGCUGGUGCAGCAGCUGCAGGACGAUUACCACAAGCUGCUGACCAAGUACGCCGAGGCUGAGAACACCAUCGACCAGCUGCGCCUGGGCGCCAGGGUGAGCCUGUUCUCCGAGCCGCCGCAGCCCAGCCGCAGCCUCGCCGUGGGCACCGUGGCCACCGGGAGCCGAGUGAUGACCCUCAGCAUCCCGCAGGCACGGACAGCGGCUUUCGGCACGGCCACAGCCCCGGCCUCGCCAGGGGCAGGUGAGUUGAUCCAUGUCCCCUGGCCGGCUCACCGCCCUCCUGGCCCGCUUUUGGAGGGCGCUCCCCCACAGCCCCUUCCCCACGCGGCUGCCGUGUCACUUGUCGUGUGUUUUCUCGCCGCUGCAGCCCCAUCAGAGCCGGAGGGUUCCCCCCAACCUCGCUCCCCUCCUCUGCCCGGGGGGGGCUGCCCCACCUGUCCCACCUGCCCCGGGCCGUGCUGCUGCCCCGGGCCCCGGCUCACCCGGGCACUGGCGGGGCAGAGCCGCAGGCUGCAGGCACAGGUGGAAGCUUUCGAAAGCUGGACGCGUGCAGGGACCCUCCCAGCCCCGGAGCAGCUCCAGAGGAUGAGGAUGCUGAAGGACGCGCAGGAUGCGCUGGAGCGGGAAUACCUGCGGGGCCGGCAGCAGCUCCCGGAGGCUGCGGGGGGGUUUGAUCCUGACCGGGCGGUGGAAGGGGAGAUUUACCGCCUGGGGCUGCGCCUGGAGGGGCUGAAGGAGCGGCUGGAGCCGGGGGACAGGCGGCAGCCCCUCGCUCAGCCCCCCCCGCAGCCCCGCUGCCCCCCAACCCCGUCCCCACCGCCCGCCUCACGCUCCCCGCACCCCGAGAGCCCUGCGCUGGUGGAGGGUCCUCGGGGGACAUCGGGGGACAGCGAGGGGGUGGCAGGGGGGCUGCCCUGGCCCCUCUGGCACAAGCAGCGCCGAGUGGAGGAGGAUUUUGGGGACCUGCUGGAGCAGUACAAACACUUCAAGUCCUUGCCGGAGUCGCUGAGCCUGGAGCAGCUGAGCCUGGCGGAGAGCGGGUCCCAGGGGGAGGUGGAUGCACCCACCGCAGGGGACAGUGGCCCCAGCAAGGUCCCUGGCAGGACACGGUCACUCGAGGAGGGGCCCAACCUCGAGGCCUUGCCCUUGCACCUCCCGGAGAAAAGAGCUGCCACGCUUUCCCCCAGAGGACCCCCAAACCUGGGGGAGACACGGGGCCACCCCUCCCCUGCCACUGCUGAGGAGCCACCAGCCUCUGCCAAGCCCCCUCUGGUGGUCCCUGGGCCACCACAGGUGCCCCUGUCCCUCCGCAGCAGCGGGACAGGCAGCGCUGCCACCCAGCACGGGCCCCACAAGGAGCAGCGCAUCGUGUCCCCGGAGACCGACAGCGGCUUCGUGGGCUCGGAGGCCAGCAGGGUGUCCCCGCCCGUGCGCACCCCCGAGCAUCAUCCCCCCGGCCCGGGGACUCCGCUGGGACCCUCCGUGCCCAUCCCCAGCAGCCUCCGUACGCCUCGGAAGAGAGAGAAGACCCCACUUCCCUCUGAGACAGCCCUGAUGGGCAUCUACCCCUCGGGGGGCACAGGGGGGCCCCGGCUGCCCCCCAGCAGCCCCUCACAGAGCAGCUCCCCUCCUCGCUGGGCCGAGAGCGCAGGCAGCGAGGUGGGGCCGGACCCCGACGCUGAUGGCACUCGCUCGGACUCGGAGGUGGGAGACAGGAGCUGUGCCAGCGCCGGUGACCACCCCGCAGCCAUGGCCAGGAGCCCAAGCAGCCCCCUGCCAUCCCCCGAAACGCCAUCCCCCACCCUCCUGUCCCCCGACCUGUCAUCCCUCGACCCGGCUCACUGUGACCUGCUGGGCUCCCGUCUGCAGCGAGACCAGGCCAUCCGGGCGCUGCAGGACGAGGUGUGGCGGCUGCGGCGGAGGCUGGAGGAGAGCCUGCACCUCUCCCGCAGCUAUCCCGAGGGAAAAGCCGCUCCCCGAGCCACCCCGGCCAGGAGGCAGCCGGGGACCAGCGGAACAUCGUCCCCACAGGACGCGGCACCCUCGGGGGACCCGAGCCCCGCGGUGCGGGGCAGGGUGGCCCCCGGGGUCACAGCCAGGAGGAGGGAGAGAUCGGCAUCGCUGCCCCGGGACAGGCCAGAGCUGGAGCUCGGUCCAGAGCUCGGCUCCAGCGGAUCCCACCCAGCUUCCCCAUCCUCUGCCGCAGCCUCCGAGUCAGAGCCCUGCCCCGCCGGGCCCCGGGCACCCCCGGCCCUGCGGAAGCACCUUGGGAAGCUCCCGGGGCCGGUGACACUUCGGGGACAGUACACAGGGACACGGUACCAGGCGGGGACACCACGCGCCACCCCGGCACCCCGAGGAGAGCCGGGCACCUCGGGGUGUCCCCGAUGUCACAGGAGCGGGAUGGCAUCGGCUGGAUUUGGGGGAGGCGAUGCCCCCCGGCAGCCCCGGCACAGCACCCUGAGGAGAACAUCCUGCCCCACCUGCCAGGCACCCAUGGGCCCCUCUGUGCCGGGCAGCAGGGACAGAGCCACAGCCGCAGAGCGUGGCCAUGGUGGCUCCUGUCCCCCCCACGCUGGAGAUGAGAAGCUGGAGCAGCCGGGAAUUUGGUACUUGGCAGCCACCCCUGCUGCCACCACCGCCACCGUCUGCCUGGCACCCGUCCCCCUCGUGCCUUACGUGCCCUCCGUGCUCUACUGCUCCCCAGCAGUUCCUACCUCAGCCCCAGCCCUGGCCGGGGUCCCCCUCGGGGUCACUGCAGAGCGUCCCCCCCGGCCCCAGGGCCACCCCCGCUGCCUGAGGCUGGAGCUGGAGGAGCUGGAGGAGCUGAGCCGCUCUCUGAGCCGGGCUGUGGAGGCUGCCCAGAGCGUCAGGCUGAGCACCAGCCGCGUCAGCCGGGCCCUGGCCGCCGAGCUGGGCCGGGCGCGGGGUCUGCGCGGCUCCUGCCUCUUCUGAGGGGCCCCCUGGCACCUCCCAGCCCCCAGGAGGGACAGGAGGAGGAGGAUGGGCCCCUCAGCAUCACCCCUGCCAAAUCUGGGGGCAGCAGGGCUGGAGGUGACUCCUGGAGGUGACUCCUGGAGGUGGCUCCUGGAGGUGGCUCCUGGAGGUGGCUCCUGGAGGUGGCUCCUGGAGGUGGCUCCUGGAGGUGGCUCCUGGAGGUGGCUCCUGGAGGUGGCUCCUGGAGGUGGCUCCGAGGGAUCCUCGCCGCUUGUCCGUCCGUCUGUCCAUUUUCCGGAGCCCCCCAAGCUGCAGGAGGGAGGAAGGCGUGGGCAGAAGUCUCCAGAAUUCCCCAGCACCAUCCCCUGGCACCUCGGGGUGGCCCUGUGGCCACCCCACCCUGAGCACUUGUGGGGAUGCUCUGACCUCGUGUGGGUCGAGCUCCCUUGGCAGCUGUUUUUACCUCUGUGCCUGUGUGGGCAGAAAAACCUGGGGUUCCCUGGGAUUCCCUGGGAUCCCCUGAGAUUCCCUGGGAUUCUCUGGGAUUCCCUGGGAUUCUCUGGGAUUCCCUGGGAUCCCCUGAGAUUCCCUGGGAUCCCCUGAGAUUCCCUGGGAUUCUCUGGGAUUCCCUGGGAUUCUCUGGGAUUCCCUGGGAUCCCCUGAGAUUCCCUGGGAUCCCCUGAGAUUCCCUGGGAUUCCCUGGGAUCCCCUGGAAUUCCCUUGGAUUCCCUAUUCCACCCCUUUCCCAGCCUUUAGGCCUCCUCGGGGGGCUGUGCCCUUGGACUCGAACCCAGCAGGAUCCUCCCUGUGGAAACUUAUUUUUUUGGUGUUUUUUUAUGUGAAUUUUUUAGCUAGUAAGCAGCUAAAUGACUCUUUUGAGUGUUGAUUGAUGAUCUAUAAUGUGUGUGAUAUAUGUGUAUCUAUAAAUGGAUAUAUCCAGAUAUAAACAUAUCUCUAGUUAUGUAUCUAGAGAGACAGAUAUAAAUAGAUCUGUGUACGUACAGAUCUGUAUCUGAUUCUAUAGAUAUAUCCUUCUACAGAUACAUAUAUAUAUAAAUAUACUGGUUUGCACUUCCAGCACAACCCUUAGGGCAUUUGUGGGGUUUUUCUGGCCAUCCACAGCAUCACCCAGGCACAAAAUAAAAUGAAGGAUUUGAGGUUUUCACCCCGGGAUCCUCAGGAAAUCUGGGCUGGUAAAGGAGAAGUCACCUGAGACUGAAGCGGGUGCGGGAGCCCCUGUUCCUCCCAGCUGGGUUUCUAAGGAGUUAAUUCUGAUUUUUUUAGGGAAAAGGAUGUGCUUGGGGCAGCUCUUCCUGGGAUGGGUCCAGCCAAACCCCCCUGCUCCACCCCCAGCACCUCAGCCUGUGUUUAUCUGUAGGACCUACCUGAAGUGCCAGUGUCAAAUUUUAUUUAUUUUUGUUUUUAUUUGGUGUACAAAUACCCACAUUUUGGAGGGAGGCAUCAGUGACUCAGGUCUGGAGCCUUCCAAGCUCCCCCUGAGCCUGAUCCUGAUGUGAGCCCAGAGGGGUUGGGAAUGGGGCUGUCCCCUCCUUUUCUGGGGUGAGAGGGCUGGGUUUGGGGGAUUUUGAAGCGGUUUGGGGGAUUUUGAAGCGGUUUGGGGGAUUUUAAAGCGGUUUGGGGGAUUUUAAAGAGGUUUUCUGUGUCUCCAGUUUCCUCUGCUCAUGUCCACGCCCCAAGCUGGAAGCUGUGACUCCCCCCCAGAUGGGAACGUGUAGAAAAUUUGGGUAAUUAUCCCAAAUGCAGUAGCCAGGACCAAAUGAAGUUUUUCUUUUCCUUGUCCCCUAUUUUUUAAUGCCCAGCAGAGCCACUGGGGUGGUAUUUUGUACGAAGAAAUCACCUAUUUUUGAAGGAAAUAAACGCGGUUCCAUGACUCGUGUGCUGAUUUUUCCUUCCC